AUAGAAGAGAUGCUAUAUAAAAUGUUUUGGCCCAUUUCCGUCCUGCAGUUCAUUUGAAGCACUCACAUCACAGGUUAGGUUUGGCGCGAUCUUCAUUUCUCAAAGUGUAUUGGUUUACACUUCUGUAGUAGCAAGAAAAGAGCAAGUCCAAUAUGAAGUUUAAGGCAUUUCUCACCGAACAUGGGGUGAAUCUCUUAGAAAGGCGGUUUCUACCAGCCUUGGACAAAAUGGGCAAGAUAUGCCACUUAUUUCUUACCCGAGACCAUGCUAUCUUCCUUCACAACCUUCUGAAUGGCGAUGGGGUUCAGUGCAUUGCACAGUUUCGAAAGGAAGCUCUCUUUGAUGACUAUCGCAUCUCAAGUCAGAAUGAGGACCGCAUUGCUUUUGCAAUUGAUGUAUCCCUUCUGCUUCGUGCUGUUCGGAGUAGUGUAAGCAUAUGUACUGAAUUUGGUAAUGGACCUUCUGCCAACCGCCUCCAAAUUAAAUUGGUUAAGAAGUUGCCUCUCAAUUGUACCCAGCCGAUGCCUUUUCUUACCUUUGAAACCAAGGGUUACAAGUCUGCUGUCAUUCAGGAUGUGCCGAUAUCAAAACCUUUAUCUAGGGCUCAAGUGCUUGAGCUUCAAACUGCACUUGAACUGGCACAAGAUAUACCCCAGACUCUGGUUCAAGUUCCAGAAUUGAACCAGCUGCAGAACUUUGUGGAACGGAUGAAGCAGGUUGGUGAUAUGUUAAAUGUAUCUAUAAGCAAGUAUGGAGAUCUUCAUGUGCAAAUCUCAACAACUUUGAUCACACUUGGUGCUGAGUUUCGUAAAUUGUUGGUUAUUGGUGAGCAAGCUGAGGCGCCAUCUGAUGAUAGGAAUCAGAGUGCUCAAACUCGGUCAGAGAGGGCAAUCUCGAGGGGAGAUGCACAGCGUGUUCAAGUGAGUGUAAAGCACUUCUCUAGGAGUCUCCACUGUCACCUGGCAAAGCCGGACUGUACGUUUUAUGGGAUUGCUCCGCAGGGUUCUUGUUUGACCGUGAUAUUUCAGUUCUUCAUUCCUGGUACUCAUCAAACUGAUAAAUCAAUCAGUCUUCAUUGCAGGCUUCCUGUGCUUGACCCGGGGUCAAGUUGAAACUUAAUCAAUUUGCCAUCACCACCGGAUUUACAGCUUUGAAUUCAUAGUAAAAGUUAUUUAAUGUCUUUCUUUUUAACUCAAAACUAGUAAGGUUUGCAAGUAUAGCUUGCACCCUGGCGCUCCAUGUUACCAUUAUAUAUCCCAUAAAACUUGGUUCAAAAUCCCAACUCUGAAGCAUAUGUUACAUAUGAAAGUAAUUGCAGAAACAGAUUUUCUCCCUUGGUCACCAAA